AUGGCAACAGAAUUCACUAUGAAACACCUUAAUGAUCAAACUAGUAUCGAUCAGUUCCAUUCUCGAUUGGUGCACCAUGGCUUGGAGCUUCCGCUGCACUGGACCAUACCACGGGCAGAGGCAAGAUGGUUCAUAAACAUAUACAAGGACAGGCCAGACAUGAAUUCAAUUCUGCACGAGCUUGCUGAAUUGGAUUUCAACAUUGUUCAAGCAAAAUAUCAGCAGGAACUAAAACAUCUCUCCAGGUGGUGGAAGGGAACGUGCCUUGCUGAAAAGUUGUCCUUUGCGAGGGAUAGGCUGGUGGAAUGUUUCUUUUGGACUACUGGGGUGAUAUUUGAACCUCAAUAUGAAUUUUGUCGGAAAAUAUUGACGAAGGGAUGGAUCUAG